CCGUCGGCGAGCGGGUUCUGCGCAGGCGCCGCGACGCGGACACUCGUGUGUGGUGAACUCUGCGGGAGCGGUCAAGGCUAGCGCAUCGCCACGCCAGAGCCAGAUCUCCAUGAAUUAAACAAUUUCAAGGGUAUAUCCUCAAUGUCUGCAGUCAUGUGCAGAAGCCUCAACACCUGUGUCAGGUGUCUUUUUUGCAAUUUAAAUGCAAUUGUUUGGCUGUCUGGUUGUGGGCUGAUCGGGACGGGCCUAUGGCUACGAGUGACUCACCGGACUUACUCGAUUCUUCUACCACAACAUGCUGUAGCACGCCUCGACUCCGUCUGCCUCAUCCUGGGAGCCAUCACCUUUCUCAUCACCUUCUUCGGUUGCUGCGGCAGUUGGUUCAAAAAUAAGUGCAUGCUUAUCACCUAUUUUACUCUAGUAGUACUUCUGUUCUUCACGGAGUUCAUUUUGGGUACCCUCGUAUUCUUCUUCCGCGAUGACCUGAGUCGGAUGCUUCGAGAGGAGCUAAUUACAGGGAUAGAGCAACAUUACGGCAUGCCCAAAUCUGCUGGACUUCAAGCCAUGUGGACGCACAUGCAAAAUAAACUGAGCUGUUGCGGCGUCCGUGGUUAUGAGGACUGGUUCGACAUCGCAGCUUGGCCGGAGAAAAAGUAUGUGCCUGACUCGUGCUGCAAACCGGAUUACCAAAUAUCAGAGAAUUGCGGGCAGAGCGGGAACCCCGACAUGUGGCACGAAACUGGUUGCUCGGAGCAGGUUCAAAUAUGGCUCAUGCAGAGGCUCCAUCUCGUCGGCACUGUCGGACUCGUCAUAGCUUCAGCACAGUUCCUGUGUAUGCUGGCGUCCCUGCUGUUAUUUUGUUCCUCCGGCAAGAGGAGCAAAGACUCGAAAAUCCGGGUAACGGACAUCUGAAUAAGCGCGGCUGAUAACUGAUGGCGGAGUAGCGGAGACGCCCCCUCGUGACCGUAGCCCGAGCCUCGGAGCCGAGCUCACUAUCAGCUCAACUUCAAGUCGUAAAGUCGAGUGAACCGUUAUACCGCCGGGUUGCAUACGGCCUCCGUUGAAGGCGCUUCGCCGCUUUGAUCUCAACGUUGGGACAGAGAGUAAAGUGAGAGUCGAUUCUUGGAGCAUUAUCGCAUUGCCUUGAUCGAUAAAAACCAUUGCUAAGACAUUGACUUUCGAUUUCUUAAUCAAUUUAUCGAUCGAGCUCAUUCGGUAAUGUUCAGAAGGCCUCGCCGAAAAAUGAGUGCCUUUAUUGUGAAAAUCAGUGGCGUGACGUGUGCUUCGAUAUAUCGAUCGAUCUGCCAUUGAUGCCGAUGAAAAAGGAUCGAUAUACAGGCUGUUCUUAACGAACACCUUGAUAAUCGAAUCUUUAACAUAGCUUCAAAUGGGUAAAUAUCGAUAAUCGAUCAUUCGCGCCUCGCCACUGGUGGAAAUGUAUUGUUUUCGUUUCUCCUACUUAGGUAACGUGAGGCUGAAUCCUCAGCUUUCACUUCCACUGAGCUCAACCAUACUCUAGUAUCUCGUAGAUUCCAGCAACCUUGGUGAAUAUUUUUUUUGAAACACUUAAAUGCAAGUCCAAAGUAAUCAUUCAGAAAUGAUCAUACGAGAAAAUCUAUAUCACUAAAAUUAUUAAAAAAAUUCAAAAGUUUGUACUGCUUCUAGUGUUUAACCGAUUUCGAUCCAUCGAUACUAAUGGUAAAUUGAAAUCAUUAUUUCUGAUCAAUUUUAAAUGGCUGAAAGUCAUUUUUUUAAUGAGCCGUGUCAGUUACAAAUCUAGAUACUUACGUCUUCAUUCCCAAAAUGUCCUUACUGAUAGCAGUUUGAAUAUGGAUCUCUUAAAGAAGGCGGAAGUCCGAUUUUUCAAACUGGUUUAUUUUUUUAUGCGUUUUUGACGCUCUUUUUACAAGACAUCGAUGUGUCUGUGCAACUGUCACUCGCGUUCAAAGGAGCGAACUGUCGCUGUACGGUAAGGACAACCGAGAGUUCAAAAAUGCAAGAAAAAACGAUUUUGAAAAAUGGGUUUCCGCCCUUUUUAAAAAGUACCGGUUCGAAUUUGAAUUCAAUCAAUCUUCAGGCUGUUUUUCGAGAUAGGCUAAAAGUAGGUGUUGCUUAUAUCCAUGAAACUUUCCUCAUGAUAUUUUGAGAGUGUCAGAUUUCAAGGAAUAAUUUAAGGGCAAGAAAUUACUGAAUAUAUCUAGGAAUUCUGAUUUAUUAACAUUACAACUAGAAAAAAGAGAGCAGCAAUUCUUUAAAAGAAUAUUAUUUUGCUUUUCGGAUGUGACGUGACGUUCGAAUCGUGGAUUUGCAGCAGGACGGAUAGGUAUUAUUAAGAAGGAACGAACCAAAAUUAAUCUUGUUUACCGUGAAGUAUCAAGUAUCGAGCGAUGGCCUUAGUUUGGUUUUUUAGCGGCUUGAAAAUGUCUGAUACAUACAAAAGGUAAAACAAAAUAUUUUUGACCAAAAGUUAUGGAGGAACGGUAACCUGAUAAAUACAUGACGUCAUUUAACUGGAAUCAUUUCUAAAGGCCGAUUUAAAAUCAUAAAGGAAAAAGAAGAAAAAAAUAAAAAAAGUAAACUUAAUUCGAAGGUAUAAAAAGGAAAAAAGUUUGCAAACAGAUAUUCGUUUCUCAUUGCCAACCAGAGAUUUUCCCAAAAAUGUGUGUUCAUUGUCGUAACUUCUUACUUGUAAUAUUGCUGAUUUAAAUAGGUGCUGAUUUAUUUAGGUCUAAAAGUGUAAAUAGUCAUUUUAACUAAAAUAUUCAUUUUAAGUAAUUUAACUUUAGUAGAUGUAUUAUUCAUUGCCUACAUCGGUGGAAGAUGAACAGCAAACGCUUUCUGCGCCUAUAAAAGCUUCAUCAGCUAUCAACAGUAUACUCAUCCAGUAAUUUGCAAUUCAUUUAAUUUCGAUCCCAUUUGAUGUCCAAUUUUAAAAUAAACACAAAUAGCUGAUAAGUAUGUCAUUGAAUUCUAUAAUUAUUCAAAAUUUGGUAAGUUGCACUGUUUUUGAAAAAAAAUUACUUAAACAUUUAGUAUAGCUACUUGACCCUCACUGUGGCUGCUGGAGUGAACAGUGCCAUCUUAACUUACGUACAAAUUAGAAAAUAGCAUGUCCUCUGGAUUUGAGCGGACACACCAGUAAAAAAAGUUAUAGUAAAUGGUUUUCUUUCUCCUUGUA